AUGCCAGCCUCGCUCCGAACCAUUGAUGCAGAUUCGCAACGAUACGACGUCACGGACGACGACGGCCUGUUUCACGAUCGACGGAGAGUGAGCUCGGGAUCUGUGAUACCUCUCACGCCUUCUCCGGCAGAGAGCGGCACCAACAACAGGGCGAUGCGCCACGCGAGCCCCAGAGGAAGCCCGCUCAGUGCGACAACGAGGGAGGAGCGCAGGAUUACCAGACACCUCGAGCGUGGAGCGCCCGGCGACGAGGCCUUCCUCGCCGACCUCCAGACACCCGAGCGGAAGCAGUUGGCGCAGAAGAGGAGCCAGUACUUUGGGGAGGUCUUUGCAUGCCGAUCAAACUCGGCGGCCAGAGAGAGAGUCACAAAGGAGUCCAUGAUCGUUGCAGAUGUCAGGACCAAUGUCAUAGUCCACGACGAGUACUCCUUCAUCACGGACCUCUCCUACUACCUCUCGAACCGAUACCAGCGCCCCGAGAAUUCCAUCGUCGUCUCCCUGAUCCACUCCCACUGCAUGCUCUUUGGGGGAAACUUCGAUCCCGCCUACAACCUGACCAUCACCGCCCUGCCUUGCCAACUACAGCCCGUGACGAACAAGCGUAAUGCCGCCCUCCUCGCCGCCCACAUGGAAGAAUCUCUCGGAGUGGGGCCGCGGCGAGGCGUCAUCAAGUUCGUCGCCGUCGCCGAAGAGAACCUCGCGAACGACGGCAAAACCGUGGCAGGCGAGAUCGAGGAACUGGAGAAGGAGACGACGGAUAGCUCUGCCAGUGUGCAAAGGAGUCUGAGCAGGGGGACAAGCAAGAGUCGCAAGAGGCACAGCAUGAGGAGUCUGCAGGGGAUGAGGAUGGGGCCGUUGCCGACCCACGAAGAGUCCAUACUGAGUACCUCUACGUACAGCAGCAACGAGACGCCACCACUGCCCUCCAUUCCGGCGGUGACGAGGGAGUCGGAUAUCAAGGCGGAGAAGGUGCGGAAGAUGAGUCGACGGAAGAGUUUUAUUGCUACGAUGUUCGGGAAGGCGUGA